AUGCAGCUCAACACCUCUUCCUCCGCCGCCUCCUCCGGUUCUCCUCCCCCGGUGUCUCUGGAGGACGGCUUCCUCUUCCCACCGAACGGCUCCGGUAACGGCUCGGAGCCGGGCGGCGGCGCGCCGUCGGCGGGCAGCGCGGCGCUCAUCUCGUCCAUCUACUCGGUGGUUUGUCUGGUGGGGCUGAGCGGGAACUCCAUGGUGAUCUACGUGAUCUUCCGCUACGCCAAGAUGAAGACGGCCACCAACCUGUACCUGCUGAACCUGGCGGUGGCGGACGAGCUGCUGAUGCUCAGCGUCCCGUUCGUCGUCACCGCCGCGCUGCUGCGCCGGUGGCCGUUCGGCGCCGCGCUGUGCCGCGUCGUGCUCAGCGUGGACGCCAUCAACAUGUUCACGAGCAUCUACUGCCUCACGGUGCUCAGCGUGGACCGGUACAUCGCCGUGGUGCACCCGCUGCGGGCGUCCCGGUACCGACGGCCCACCGUGGCCAAGCUGGUGAACGCGUGCGUGUGGCUGUUCUCGCUGCUGGUCAUCCUCCCCAUCAUCCUGUUCUCCUCCACCGCCCCCAACUCGGACGGCUCGGUGGCCUGCAACAUGCAGAUGCCGGAGCCGGAGAGGCGCUGGAUGGCGGUGUUCGCGGUCUACGCCUUCCUCAUGGGCUUCCUGCUGCCGGUGCUCGCCAUCUGCCUCUGCUACGCGCUCAUCCUCAGCCAGCUGCGCGCCGUGGCGCUGCGGGCCGGCUGGCAGCAGCGGCGCCGCUCCGAGCGCAAGAUCACGGUGAUGGUGACGGUGGUGGUGUCGGUGUUCGUGCUGUGCUGGAUGCCCUUCCACGUGGUGCAGCUGGUGGGCGUGUUCCUGCAGCGCCACGACCCCACCCUCAGCCAGCUGGCGGUGGUCCUCGGGUACGCCAACAGCUGCGCCAACCCGCUGCUCUACGGCUUCCUGUCCGAGAACUUCCGGCGCUCCUUCCAGAGGAUCCUGUGUCUGCGCUGGAUGGACGGACCCGAGGAGCCGCUGGACUACCUGGACUACUACAGCACGGCCCUGAAGAGCCGCAGACUCAGC